AUGGUAGGAGGUGAAACCCUCUACAAUAAUAGGUUCAAGGACCUUGAUCCUGAUCCUAUACCUGGUACUAAAGUUAAAAAUAAAAGGAAAAGAUAUGCUGAAAUUGGCCUUGAAUUCGAUGAUGAUCAUAUUCCGCGAUAUGUUGUUGCAAAAGCUAUUGGAUCAAAGCCAGACCAAAAUGUUCCUCCAUUAUCCUCUCAUAACGUUUUUCAAAUUGAGAAACUACAACACAUAUCUAAAGAAUAUACUGAAGUUACUGAAUUGAAAUCGGGCGACUUUUUGAUAAAAACAAAUAACCUCAAAGCAGCACAAAAAUGUAUGAAGGCAUCAUACAUUGACUUGAUUCCAGUGCAAAUCACAUUACACACAAAUCUGAACUCCUCACAAGGCAGAAUAUAUUCAAAGAAAAUUAUAAAUAUAUCCGAUGAAGAGCUAACCAAAUACUUAGCCGACCAAAAAGUCAUAUCGGUCAAAAAGAUACUCAAAAAAGAAAAUGAUAACCUUAUUCCCACAGGGGCCGCUAUCAUAACUUUCGACCUUAUACACCGCCCUGAAAAGUUGAAUAUAGGAUGGGAAAAAGUGCAAGUUUAUGAGUACAUUCCGAAUCCUUUGAG